AUGCCAUCAGCUAGGUGCGUAGUUCAAGAGUGCAGCAAUGUUUCUAAUCUUGGAGCUGGCAUAUCAUUGCAUCGUAGUCUUGCAGACAAAACGGAGUAUGGAAAAUGGUUGAGAUUUGUUCGUACGCACCGAGCAAAUUUCAAUCCCAAAGGCGUCUUUGUGAUCUGUUCGGGACACUUUCGAGAGGAAUGUUUCGAUGGGAUACAUAUGAAAGGUUCUAGACUCAAACUUCAGCCACUUUCUAUCCCAACGAUAUGGAAAAAAGAACCACAGAAACCUUUAUCGGAGAGAAAUCGACAGAAGGUAGGCUUUUUUAAAAAAAAAAGAUUAUAUACAGUAUUUUAUAAAAUACUGUACUGUAUAUAAGUUAAUUUAUACAUAUUUUGUAUUUAUUUUAUUUUUUAUUUUACAAUCUUUUUCAAAUAUUAAAAUGACAGGUUAUACCCUCCUUUACUAUUGUCAAAAAUCUAAACUGAUUUUCAUGUGCCAAACCUAAUGCAAAUGAACUCAAACAAAGACUUUAGGCAUUUGCAUUAUUAGUUCGGCUUCAGCACAUGAAAAAGUCGAGAACGUGGCCUAUAAAGUCACAUGCAUGUCAUAUUGCAUUGAGAACGUACAAUACAUUUUAAGACAACUGGUCAACAUUUAUACUAUAAUAAACUUCUCAAAUUGUUUUCAGGUCAUCAAUGAAAUUCUCAGUGGCAAUGCAGAAAGUAGUCAAAAUAGUACCUCGUUUGGAAAAGAAAACUAUGCUAACAGACCUAUAAACACGCCAGUAAGAGUAACAUCGACCUGGAAAUAAGCGUAUUGAAAUGUAUACAGUUUACUUGAUUGGUUUAUAUAUUCACGUUUUCUCUCUUUUAGAUAGAUGCUGGUCCAACUUUACAACCAAAUAGUACUUCUCAUUUGACCUUGCUACAUACUGAUGCUUUGGGCCCUGAACCAUUCAAUGAAUCCCCGGUGGUUUAAUCUGUUAAUAUUGUAAAAGCAAUUUACAUGCAAUGGAGAAAAAUCUCAAGUGUACUGUCAUGUCACUUGCUGCAAAAAUUUUUUAAAAUCAAGUUUACUUUCAUUUUAUUCAUAGUUAAUGUAAUGUUUUAUUUUAGCACACAAGUACAUCAUUGCCAUUCCUGCUAUCUGAUGUUUCUGUUUUGUCAACGGAUGAUGACAACAAUCAGGUUAGCACUAUUUUCCAUCCAGCAAACAGCCCUAUCGAUUUUCUAAAGUCUUUUAUUUUGGGUUUUUUUUGUCAUAAAUUUGGUUAGGGUUAGAGUUAGGAUUGCAGUUAGGAGUUAAAUUAGGGGUAUGGUUUGGGUUAGUUACAUAGCCAUUUAAUUAACACCUUUUCCAUCUUCCGAAAAUGAGGUCAGGUCAGUUUGAUGGUUGGAAAAUAGUGCUAACCAUUGGGUUUGAAAUCAUAACAUUUUGACUCCCAAGCAUGUGUCUGUCUUUAGAGUACAGAUAAUAUGUUCUCAGAAAUAGUAGCUUGUCUUUCCUGUUUUCAGGUAUUAAAUUCCACUAUCUUGUCUUCUUCAGGUUCCUGAAAAGUCUGAAGAAGUUCGAAUGAAUACAGCACCAUGCAACAACUGCAAAAUUCUCAGAAAGAAGAAAAAGGAACUUCAGAGGAAACUACGGGCUAUGCAUGAUAAAGUUGAUAACUUAAACCAAAAGAUAACUUCAAACCAAAAAGAUUGGAUUAACACCUUUGAACAGUUGAGCCAAAGACCAGUAAUGGUAGAAACUGGCAAGAUAUUUCUUUUAAUUGACUACAAACUUAAGGAAAUCAAAACCGAUAUUUAUUCUAACUUACUACAUCUCGCAUAUUAUUCUAACUUAUAGAUACUCAAACCUGUGACGAAGAGGAUGAAUCUGGGUUUGCUGAUCAACUGGAUGAUAUGGAUGAUUUACACAGUUGUGAAGAUGUGAAUGAAAAUAUUGUGCAGGAUGAUGAUGAUCAACCAUGGACACCUGAUCAGUCAGAUAAUGUCUAUGAAAAGUUAGGGGAGGAUGAUUAUGAAAGCUUAGGAAGUGGGAAAGAUAGGUAUAAUUUUAGUAAUAUCUCUUAUGUUUCAUUCCUGUUGAGAUUAAAUUUAUUAUAUUUCUUGUGAGGAAAAUGUAGAUUUAGACAUGACAAUGACACAAUGUCAGUCUCUUAAUUUAAAUGCAAAGCUAUGAUCCAUUUAGUUAUUAGAAGUUCUCGUCAUGGAAAGAGGAAAACCUUUGAAACACAAGAGAAUCGACCACAAUUCUAUUGAAUAUAUUCUCAUGUCAUUAUGGACAUUAAAUUACUAUAUACUCUAAUACAGUAGUAUAGUAUUAGUGUUGGGUUUAACUUUGGCAUUGGUUACAGUUGUGAAAAGGCAGCUCACUAAACACUUUUUCCUAAUGUCUCUAUUUGUUGGUUCUCAUUUAUAGGUUGAAAUGCGGAGGGAAAGAUGUUCGAGAAGAACCUAAAGGAAUUGUAUUUUUAUCAAAACUCCUGCAACUUUUUCAAUUCUGUCAUUUGUGCCUGGCAUCAAAUCCUCAGCUCAGCAUAACCCAAACUGGUACCAUGCUGACAGUGAAAUCUGCAUGCAGCAGUUGUGGUGGCACUCAUAUUUGGAAAAGUCAGCCUUAUAUGUUAGGAAAGUUCCAUGCCGGUAAUAUUCUUUUGAGUUUUGCCAUACUCUCUGCUGGGGCAUCUGUUGGUAAAAUCAUCCUGGUUUUCAAGCAUAUGGGACUACUUUGCUACAGUGAAGCUACCUACUAUUAUCACCAGAGGCAUCUUCUGUUUCCAACUAUUGUGAAGUUUUGGCAAACAUACCAGGACAAUAUCUUAAAAUCAUUGAACAGAAAGGAUGUUGUACUUGCGGGUGACGCCAGACACGACAGCAUGGGUCACUCGGCAAAAUAUGGUGAUUACACCAUAUUUUGUUGCACCGUUGGACUUAUAAUCCAUAUUGUUAUUGUACAGGUAAUGGAAAAGUUCCACUUAUAAUCCAUAUUGUUCUUGUACAUGCAGGUUGGUUAAUAUGUUGACCUUUCGGUCCUUCCAAGAAGUAAAAUUUUAUUUAUUUAUUUAUUUCGCCCAAUCAUUAUGGUAAUUAUAUUUACUUCAAAAACGCAUUAAUAACUCGUGAAGCAAUUAUCCAAUCUUGAGUAAGAAAUUAGUCACGUGCAUACGUCUUUAUAACAGCUAAAGAACACUUUAACAAAAGACCAUUGUUAUGCAAACUAUAUAAAGAUUUUUAUAUAAAAGUAUUAAAGCUACAACUAUAAUUGGGCUAGGAGUCUAAAGAAACCUUCAUAGGCUUUUAUUUUAUUUGGAUUUUUUAUCAGGCAAAUCAAGUGGGUAAUAGUAACAAUAUGGAGUUUUUGGGACAUCAGAAGGCAUAUUGGCUUUCCUGCUUGGUACUGGUUUGAUUAUUAAGGCAUUUAUUUCUGACCGACAUCUGGCCAUAACAAAAUGGAUGAGAGAGGAUUGUCCUAAGAAAUGUAAAGAGCUACAAAAACCUAUUAUUGAACACUAUUUUGAUCUAUGGCACAUUGGCAAAAGUAAGUGACAUGUUAAACCAUAGCUGUAAGAUACAAUGUGCCUCAUUAUAUAAUGUUACAUGCGUAAAAAUUGAGAAAAUCGACAACUUGUUCCAGGUUGAUAUCAACAGGUGUGAACAAGGUUGUGCAAUGUGCGGCCCACUAUGAACAGUAUUGUCAACAUGUUACAGCAUUGUUCAACUGUAACAACUAGGAACAACACGGUUGACAACUUGUUCAUAGUUGGCCGCACAACAUUGUUCACGCCUGUCGAUAUCAACUUGGAACAACCUGUGCGUUUUUAGCCAUGUAGUCUGACCGCUGUCAGACUCAGAUCCUAUACAACUUUACUUGUCUAAGGGAAAGUCUUGUUUGUUAUUGUGGUUAGGUAAUUGGUUAAAAUACAUUAUUUAAUUAACUAGCUCUUUUAACCAAUACAAGUGGUGUGCCAUUCACCUUUGACAUUCCUGCAUAGGUCAAUCCCACCCCUUUUCUCUGCCCAAAUGUAAUUCUCUGAUGUUAAUGGCCAUCUUGGGCAAAAAUGGGUUAGGGUCAAUAACAGUCUUCAUAAUGAUUAUAUAUACACCUUGUACUUUAUAUUUACAAAACACUAGAAAUCAGAAAGGUAUUAACAAAACUUAGCAAAGAGAAUGGUUGCGAGGUAAUUGGCAGAUGGAAGAAGGCUUGUAUAAGGCACUGUUAUUGGUCUGUAACCUCAACAGCACUGAAAGUCUGUGGUCAUCGUGAUGUUAUAGUUGCCAAAUUCAAGGCUUUUUUUUACCAUGUCCUUAACAUUCAUCAUGACUUGCCUAACAAGAUCUUCAAUAAAUGUGCUCAUGGUCCAAGUACUACCCAGCGUGUUUGGUUAACAAAAGGUAUUCUAAAUCUACUCUCUGUAUAAUGCCUGACAAUUAUUUUUCUCAUCAAGUGAAGAUCAUUGUGCUUUAAUAUUCAUUAAAGCACAAAGGUCUUGCCUUGAUGAGUAUGAUGCACAUCUUGCAUUUUAUUUACAUUAUGCACACAUCUUGCUUUUUCACAGGAUCAGAUGAAUAUGAGAAGUUGGUUGCAAACCUCAGUAAAACUUCCUUAUUAAAUGGUAUAAAAAAUGCAUCGCCUAUAGCACAGACCAGCUGUUUGGAAGGUUAUCACUCUGUUGUUAACCAGUUCGCCCCAAAGAUGCUGGCAUACUCUCACACAGGCAUUUUAUGCAGGUCAGUGAUUACACAGUUAUAGUUUUAACAAUCAGCUAGGGUUUUUUUUGUUUUAAUGGCACUUAAAUUAGGCCAAAAAAUUUAAAUGGGUAAUAUAUAAUUUUAGAACUAUACUUGCUGCUACCCACUUCAAUUACAACCUUCGUCGACAAUCUAAAGUUGAUAUGCAUGGAAAUGUCAAGCUUAAGGCCACCUACCCCAAAUUCAAAGAGGGAGAGGCUACAGUUAGAGAGGUGAAAGUGGUGUCAAAUUAUGGUAAGUUCUUUUAUACAACGGUGUUUAAAACUUAAUAUUUCUUCUUGAAAGAUGCCAUUUUCAUUAUUUAGCAUUUUCUCCAUCUUUGGAUCAAUUUCACAGGGUUUGGAACUGCUUAAUGUACUGUAAAAUGCUAUGGGCAAAACCUAAAACCCUUGCACCUGUUAACAAAUACAGUUGCAUUUUUUUUUCAGAUUAUGUGGCUGAAAUAUACAAGACCAUGAGUGACUACUACGCCGAAGAAAGAGUUAAAAACUAUAGAGGAUAAGCUGAAGAAAGAUACACCAGAAGCCCUACACAAUAUGUUACCAGAGAAGGAGAACAAGGAAGAAGCAAAGAAUAAAUACAAGUCCAGAAAGACCAAAGUGACAGUUGUAUGCCCUCCAACUUGUUCUGGUGUGUAUUUACAAUCAAAUUUGCACACCACCCCAUAUAACUGUAGAAUUAUAAAGGCUAGAGGUUGUAAAGUUAUCUGUUCACCAAUGUCUCCUGACAAAGGGCUUUCGCUCAAAACGUCCAGAUUUUAUCUACCUUCUAGGCACAUGUGUUACAACCUCUAGCCUGUAUUAUAUCUAUCUGUGGCUGACACUGACACCACAGUUUACUGUAGAAUUAGCAAAGGGGAUUUGCUCUAUAAAUACAGAUCAGCAUAUAUUUGGAGGGGUGCACACGUCUCAGCUUUAAUCAGUGUAUGCCAGAUUUUCAUAAUCUAUGGCAUUUUUAGUAUUUUUUUGUGGAGAUAGAAGACUGCACACCCUGUAAAGAAAAUAUUCACUGGAUCUGUAUGUGAUAUGCAUUUUAUUUUUUACAGAUGCAGAACUUCAAGAUAUAUUGCAUCCACCCACUGCCACUUGCAAAAGAAAAGCACCCAUGUGCAGAAAGUGUGGCAAGCCACGAAAAGGGCACAAAAAAGGGCAAUGUAGCAGUCCAAUAAGUGCGUUGUAA